AUCAUAUGCAAGCGUAGAAAUGAAAAAUAGAAUUUUUGUCAAUGUGCACUCACUUUUUCUCUCCCCCACGCCUCCUACAAGUCCUCUCCCGAAACCCUCUUCCUCUCCCUCGCCGUCGCCCCGUAUAUGUUCAAAACAAUUUCAAGAACUUUCGGGAACCAACAGAGAAAGAAACCUCAAAAGACCCAAAACCCACAGCAACAUAAGCAAAAUGCAUCCUUUGAGUACAGAGCCAACGCUUUGCUAACCUUCGUGGUGACCAUCUUCGUACUCAUGUGCGCCAUGGCCUCCUUCUCCGACAAUUUCAACCAACCCUCGCCCUCUGCCCAUGUCGAGGUCCAUCUCUCUCACUCAAAAACUUACCUUUUCUUAAUUCCAAGCUUGAAUUAUUAUCCUUUUUUUUCUUCUCUGUUUCGCCCGCACCACAGAGACGGAGAGCCCCCCAUCUUUAUCUGCAUCUCCUUCUUCUUUCCUUUUGUCCCAUCCGUCGCUUGUCUCCGUUGUUGCCAACAAAAUAAAUCCAGCAGUUAGCUGCUUCUUUUUCAAUUGUUGAAUUCUUCUUCAUUUUUUGCUUUCCUGGAGCAAAGGGUUGAAGAACUCUGGUUCUGGGCUUGCUCUUGACAGCCGUUGGUAAAGAUAAAUCAUAAAAGAAAAAAAUUAGUAUUUUAAUUGUACAAUGCAAAAAGAAGCUACUCAAUGUGAAGAGUAAGAUAUAUAGCUUAGCCAUAGUCAAAACAGUGACCAUUGUUAGCCAAAUUUGGCCAUUUUUUUAGCUAAUUCGAUGCCAAUGCUCUAAACAUAAGCCUAUGCUAUGGAGAGCGAUGCUUCUCUAUAAUACAUUCGGGCACAGACAAUUUCUGAGAGACUACUGCCCAUCUAUUUUCCUGCUUUUCCCUCUCUCUCUGUGAUAAUUACAGAAGCCUCAAUAGAGGUACUUUUAUGAUUUCCAGCCACUUUUGCUGUAUCUUCCUGUAAAUUUUUCAUAUCUAGAUUGCUUUCAGUUGGGUCUUUCUCUAGCAUAAUGUUGUCUUCAUCGAGAAUGGUGUUCUGGGUAGUAUAUAAUUUUCGUUUUGAACUAAAAAUAUUUGUUUUUCAGAAGUUUCAAGAUUGGAAUACUGUUGGUUUCGCUGACCCCAAAGAGUCGUUAUGAGGCUGCUCGUGGUAUUGCUUGAAGAAACUUGCAUUGGCUUAAUGGGUAUGUGUUCAUGUCCAAGAAUAUGUAUACCUAAGUUUGGUUUACUUCAAAAGGAACUCAUUUUUGGCCUGAAACGCCUUGUUAGGGCUUAUUAUGCUGCUUCCUCGGCAUUGUUAUUAGAAGACCAUUCGUUUGAUGAAAGUCCUAAAUUUGAAAAUAAGACAGUUGAUAACGCUAAUGUUCCGAGAAGUAGCUCAAGCAUCCAAAAAAGGCGCAAGCUAUUUCCUUUAGUUGGCAGAGUGUUCAAGUCUUUGAAUUGGAUGGUUACAAGGGAAAUAAGAUUUUCAAUGGCUGUGAGAAAGUAUGGAUUUCCCCAUUCAGUCAAUGCAUUCAGAACUAUUAUUCAUAUAUUUGCAUUAGCUGGGCUGCGGAUGGAGGUACAUGCUUUGCUUAGAGAUAUCAUUGGAUAUUAUAAAGAAGGUGAUCGUGAUGUAUUUGAGUUGUUCCCAACUUUGCUGGAUUCAUCUCAGCACGUGGUGAGAUCAGCUGUGGUAUAUGAUGUACUUAUAAAAGUAUUUGCAGCCAAUUCAAUGCUUGAGAAUGCUGUGGAUGUGUAUGUGCGGACUAAGAGUAUUGGGCUUAAACCAGAUAUUUUUUCUUGUAAUUUCUUGUUGAAGUGUUUGGUGGAAGCAAAUAAAGUGGAAUUUGUUACAAGUUUUUAUGAAGAUCUAAAACAAUCUGGGCCAUCGCCUAAUGUUUACACAUACACAAUUAUCAUGAGCUUUUACUGUAAAGGACAUCUUGGUCAGGAUGUGAAUAUUGGACGAGCAACUGAGAUUCUAGAAGAAAUGGAGAGGUGUGGGGAAAACCCAACUGUUGUGACAUACAGCACCUAUAUCCAUGGCCUUUGUAAAGUUGGUUGUGUUGAGUUUGCCUUUGAAUUUACUCGGAAUUUGAGAUGUAGAAACCAGCCUCUCAACAACUAUUGUUAUAAUCCUAUUAUUUAUGGAUUUUCCCAAAAAGGUGAUGUAUAUGAAGCUUUGAAGGUUUUGGAAGAAAUGAAGAGCUAUGGAAUACCACCAGAUGUUUACAGUUACAGCAUUUUGAUUGAUGGGUUUUGCAAGAAGGGGGAUGUUGAGAAAGGUCUUACUUUGAUUGAGGAAAUGCAUCUUUCUGAUUUGAGACCAUCCCUAGUUACCUAUAGUUCACUCUUCUAUGGUCUAUGUAAGAGCGGACUGACGAACAUCUCACUAGAUAUGUUCCAUAAUCUUGGGGAUGCGGGUUAUAGUUAUGAUCAUAUUGCUUAUGAAAUAUUAAUUAAUGGAUUAUGUAGGCAAGAUGAUAUGCAUUAUGCCUAUAAACUUUUGGAGGAGAUGAUCAGCAAUAAUUUGGUGCCUGAUGCUUUCAAUUUUCACAGUCUGAUUCAUGGUUUCUGCAAGUUAGGGUUCUUAGAUAAGGCCAUGGAGGUUUUCAAUAUCAUGCUACAUCAUGGUGUCUUGCCUAAUACUGUCACUUACAAUGUUAUAAUUGAUGGGUAUUGCAAGCAAGGGCACUUGGAGGAAGCCUUGAAACUUAUGGCUGAAAUGCAAGACCUAGGGAUCUUUCUUAACACAUACACCUAUAAUGCAGUUAUUAACAGGCUGUGCAAGGAAAGAAAAACAGAAAAAGCUUGGGAACUUUUUCCUCAAAUGCUUAAGAGAAAUGCACCCCCUGGAGUUGUUAAUUAUAGUACGCUGAUGGAUGGUUUUACCAAGCAGUCAGAUUUUAAGAAGGCUUUGACGUUGUAUACAAUAAUGCUAAAAAUUGGGGUCAUGCCUAACACAGUUACAUAUACCAUUCUUGUUAACAUAUAUUGCCGUAGGAACAAAAUGAAUGAAGCAUAUCAUUUUUUCAAGGAAAUGAUCAAAAAUGGUUUGGUUCCAGAUAAGAUUUCUUACACAUCUUUGAUAGCUGGAUUUAGCAGAACUAAUGACAUGAACAAGGCUUGGGCAUUACUCAAUGAAAUGUUGAAUAAAGGCCACAUGCCCAGUGUCGUUACUUAUACCUGUUUAAUUGAUGGGUUCUGCAAGGUGAGCCGCAUGGAUAUGGCCGACUUGUUGGUUGAUGAAAUGAAGAGAAACAAAGUGACUCCAGAUGUGGUAACUUACACUGUUCUCAUCAUUGGAUACCAUAGACUUGGAAAUAUUGAGAGAGCACGUGAGUUAUUUGAUGAAAUGAAGUCAAGUGGUAUUAUUCCUGAUGAUACUGCUUUGCGCUGGGGCUUAAAGCUGGUGCAGUUUCCAAAGGCUAGGAAGCUGGGGAAUAGAGUUAUGAGGACCAGAUGAGUACAGCCAAGGCCACUGGUCUUCACUCGGCAAAAACCACAAUCUUCAGAUUAAACAGAACGAGGGGAGGGGGUGUAUUCAGUCAUUUUGUUGAUGCUGAACAAUCAAAGUUGCAUUCUUCUUGUUCCCAGGCAUAAGUACACAUGCACUUAUAAAUGAGCAAUGCAUGUGCAUCUACACGCUCAGAUCAAUUAAAGGAACAUGACAGUUGGAUAUCUCACAAAAUUCUACCUAACCAAGGUCUUUGCUUACAUGCGCACUGUACCAGUAAAGAGCAAACUAACUCAAAGCCUCAAAGGUUGAAGGCAUUGCAAGGAAAAAGCCAAGAGGAUCCUCCUGAACCAGGUCUCAUGUUUGAUCAACAAGAAGCAUAUAUUGAAAGGUUGUUGAUAAGCUGCGAUUCUGAGUUCCACUCAAGAACUGAAGUCAUUUACACUGGAAAUGAAAAGGGUAUGAGGUAAAUAUCUGUUUGUAUAUAUCUUUAUCACGUCUUGCAUUUUAGUGCAGCAUCAAGACAAAACACCACCCUUUCUAUUUUAUGUUGCUUCUUGAUUGAAGCUAGCUUGGACCAACAAUGGAGACAAGAAUUGCCAUGAAAACAAGUAGGAAUGUUAGCGAGUACUAAGAAACUUACUUGAUGAGCUGACUGUCUUCUUUAUGUUCAGUGGUGCUGCCAUUAAGAAAGAACCAGUAAAAUUUGUGCGAUUGUGGCUGUCAAAUUACCAUUCAACGACGAAAUCAUAAGCUUUGGUA